CUGACGCAAGCAGGUGUCAGGCAGAGAUAUAAGCGGCGGCGCGCUGUUCCCCGGCACCAGAGAAUCAUGCUGACUUCGCUGAGGCACGCGUGUAGAAGUUACAGCAGGUUUCGGAGAGGAGCAUCUCCAUCGCUUCUUCAGGCCAAGGAGGUCCAGCUCAAAGCAGAGCCUCCAGGGGAAGCCGAUCACACAGUGUUGCAUGUUCCUGUAAUGGUGAAUGAAGUUAUUGAGUGUUUGGCCCCCCAAGAAGGACAAACUAUAUUGGAUUUGACUUUCGGAGCUGGUGGUCAUACAACAUCUAUUCUGAAGCGGGCAUCUAAUAUUAAAGUACUGGCCCUUGACAGAGACCCAGCUGCUUUUGCUAUAGCACAACAACUAGCGCACAGUUGUGGGCACAACAUUCAGCCGUUGUUAGGGAGAUUCAGUGAAUCUAAAGACUUAUUGACAUCUGCAGGAGUAGAACCUGGAUCCAUAGAUGGGGUCCUGCUGGAUGCCGGAUGUUCUUCAAUGCAGUUUGAUACACCUGAUAGGGGAUUUUCACUCUCUAGAGAUGGUCCCUUGGACAUGAGGAUGGAUGGUGACAGGUACCCUGACAUGCCCACUGCUGCUGAUGUUGUGAAUGCCUUAGAUCAACAGGCGCUUGCGUCCAUCCUGAAAACAUACGGGGAGGAGAGACACGCCAAGAAAAUAGCUUCAGCUAUCGUUCAAGCACGUAGCAUAUACCCUAUCACCAGAACUCAGCAGCUAGCCAGCAUUGUUACAGGAGCCUCGAUUCAGGCUCGGACAGAUCUUCUUCAACGUCCGGCGCACGUGGCGACCAAAACUUUCCAGGCUCUCCGCAUCUUUGUAAACAAUGAACUGAACGAGCUGCAUGCAGGGCUCAGCACAGCAGAGACAUUCCUAAGGCCCGGCGGAAGGCUUGUCGUCAUCUCUUUCCAUUCGCUCGAAGACCGGAUCGUGAAGAGAUUCCUCCAUGGAAUAGACAUGGCCGAUAAGCCAAAUUUGGCCGCCAGGCAUAAAAUAAGGCAAGGACAGAGAAACAGCAAAGAGAUGGAGGAUGAAGAAUUUCUAAUGUCACAUUCUAAUCCAGCUUGGACUGUGAUCCAGAAAAAAGUGCUCACACCCCAGUACCAGGAUGUAUUAGAAAACCCACGCGGGAGGUCAGCUAAACUGAGAGCAGCUAUUAAACGAUGAGCCCAAGACUUUAUAUUUCAUAGGGCCCUUGCACUGACUUGUUUUCGAUUCCAUAAAAAAUGUUUUUUAAAUGAGUUUUCAUAGUAAAAUAAACUU